CUCUCCCAUAUUUCGAAACGACGUCGUUAGUCCUCUUACAGUGUUAAUUUGGGAAAUCAAAAUCAUCGUCAUACACAGCUGCAACUCCUGCUUUUCCGUCGUAAACAAGUGGCGGCGGUGCUAUCUGUCUCCAAGAGAGAAGGUGGCGAUGUCGGGAGUGGUCAAAAAGUUCUUCAUUACCUCCAUGUUUAUGUGGAUAGCUCCUGUUGCGAUCCUUUAUGCUUUUAACAAUGACUUGCUUCCCGGUGUAACCCGUUUAUCUCCUCAUUCCUUGACGUUGUUGAGCGGACUGCUUGCUGUCAUAUCAGUCAAUAUAGUCAUCGCAUUCUACAUUUAUAUGGCAAUGAAGGAACCUUCAGAUAAACAUGAGCCGGAUCCUAAAUUUGUUGCGGAGGCGAAAGCCAGUGUGAGCCGGUUAACAAAUAAAGCUGAAGAAUCCACAGAAUCUCUUAAAAAAGAAGAGUAGAAUAGCCAAAACCUAAGCACUUGGAGUACAGAGUCCACUUAUCUGAUCAUUGAAAGGUAAAUUAGCUAUCAUGAUGUAUUUUUGAUUCUUUUGUGAGUUGCAAAUUUUGGAGCACUAUAUCUGAUAAUGACUUUGAUGUAAAUUAUCUUUUAACAUGUAAGCUAUAGACUCUUGUUUUGGAAACUGCAUUCUUAGAACAAGGGCACAAAAGCUUCUGGUUAUAUAAUUUAUUACUUUUUGAUUUUGCAACAUAGAUUGGAACA